AUGAAUAGAAUCACACAGUUGCACGUCCAUGAUGCGAAUCUCCCGUUCCUCCACAUCCCGAAGGAUCUCAAGAAGCCCUUUGAUAAAGCCUGGAAAGACUAUGAGACUAAAGUUUCUAAAAUAGAGAAGGAGAAAAAAGAGCACGCCCGACAGCAUGGAAUGAUCCGGACUGAGAUCAGUGGAGCGGAGAUAGCGGAAGAGAUGGAAAAGGAGCGCCGUUUCUUUCAGCUUCAGAUGUGUGAGUACCUCCUCAAGGUCAACGAAAUCAAGAUCAAGAAAGGGGUCGACCUGCUCCAGAACCUCAUCAAAUACUUUCAUGCACAGUGCAACUUCUUUCAGGAUGGUCUCAAAGCAGUGGACAACCUCAAACCCUCAAUAGAAAAACUCGCCACAGACUUGCACUCGAUCAAACAGGUACAAGAUGAAGAACGCAGGCAGCUAACCCAGUUACGGGACGUGCUAAAGACAUCUCUGCAAGUGGAGCAGAAGGAGUCUAGGAGAGACUCGCAGGUUAGACAGAGCGCCACCUACAGUCUACACCAGCCACAGGGCAACAAAGAACACGGGACGGACCGCAGCGGGAACCUUUACAAGAAGAGCGAUGGGUUGCGGAAAGUGUGGCAGAAGAGAAAGUGCACAGUGAAGAACGGUUAUUUGACCAUCUCGCACGGGACGGCUAACAGACCUCCUGCCAAACUCAAUCUUCUCACCUGCCAGGUGAAGCACAACCCAGAGGAGAAGAAAAGUUUCGACCUCAUCUCCCAUGACAGAACGUAUCAUUUCCAGGCAGAGGAUGAGCCAGAGUGUCAAAUAUGGAUCUCAGUUCUGCAGAACAGCAAGGAGGAGGCGCUCAACAACGCCUUUAAGGGAGACCAGCAUGUUGGCGAGAACAACAUUGUGCAGGAGCUGACCAAGGCCAUCCUGGGUGAGGUCAAGCGGAUGGCGGGGAACGACGUCUGCUGUGACUGUGGAGCUCCCGGUCCCACGUGGCUCUCCACCAACCUGGGCAUCCUGACUUGUAUCGAAUGUUCAGGGAUCCACCGGGAGUUGGGUGUGCACUACUCCAGAAUCCAGUCUCUAACACUGGAUGUUCUCAGCACCUCCGAGCUCUUGCUGGCCAAGAACGUGGGGAAUGCUGGAUUUAAUGAGAUCAUGGAAGCUUGUCUGACGGCAGAAGACGUGAUCAAACCAAACCCAGCCAGUGACAUGCAGGCGAGGAAAGACUUCAUCAUGGCCAAGUACACGGAGAAACGCUUUGCCCGUAAGAAGUGCCCCGACGCGCUGUCGAAGCUGCACACGCUCUGUGAUGCCGUGAAGGCCCGGGACAUUUUCUCUCUCAUUCAGGUCUACGCUGAGGGGGUCGACCUAAUGGAGCCGAUUCCUCUGGCCAAUGGCCAUGAACAAGGUGAGACCGCCCUUCAUCUGGCUGUGAGACUGGUGGACAGAACCUCCCUUCACAUCAUAGACUUCCUCACCCAGAACAGUUUAAACUUGGAUAAGCAAACGGCUAAAGGAAGUACAGCGCUGCAUUACUGCUGCCUGACGGACAACAGCGAGUGUCUCAAACUUCUGCUGAGAGGAAAAGCCUCUAUAGACAUCGCUAAUGAGGCUGGCGAGACCCCGCUUGACAUCGCCAGGCGACUCAAACACCUGCAGUGUGAGGAACUGCUGAACCAGGCACUUGCAGGGAAGUUCAAUGCUCAUGUGCAUGUGGAGUACGAGUGGAGACUUCAGCAUGAAGACCUGGACGAGAGUGAUGAAGAUCUGGACGAGAAGUCCAGUCCUCACCGGCGGGACGAGAGGCCCAUCAGCUGCUACACUCCGGGCAGUAACUCCCUUCAGCCCAGUCUGGCACGAGACGCUCGAGAAAUGGUCAAAGACAAGCAGCGGUUCGUGCCCAACCUGGUCAACAACGAGACCUAUGGGACCAUUAUCAACACCAACUCACCAGUCACCCUUUCCACUUCUGCUCCACCUCUACCACCCCGAAAUUUAGUACAGCCGUCUGGUCUUGCUGGAAUGGCUCAGGGAUCGCCCGGUUGGAAGCCUGGCUCCCUAGAUCUGACCGGCAGGCAGAGAUCUUCCUCUGACCCCCCCAACAUGCACCCCCCAGCGCCCCCUUUACGGGUCACAUCCACUUCCCUUCUUGUGCCUAGCGGUGCUCCCCCUCCUUUGGCUAAAACUGCCAGUAUGAUGGAGGCCAAGAAUAUACAACCCAAACCUGGACACGGCCCUCCUGGUCAGAACGUCAACCGGGCUACAAGCGCGGACAAAACCUUCAGUAAAAGCACACUGAUGCGCUCUGGAUCCAUCGAGAGACCAGCUAAAGUUCCUGGAGGCCCCCAAAACACCAUUGGUCAAACUCUGCCCGCUACCCAAAUGCCCAGGAAAACCUACCUGAAGCCGAAGCGUGUGAAGGCCAUGUAUAACUGUGUGGCUGAUAAUCCAGAUGAGCUGACGUUCUCUGAGGGAGAGGUCAUCGUUGUGGAUGGUGAGGAGGACCAUGAGUGGUGGCUGGGCCACAUUGAGGGAGAGCCAAUGAGAAGAGGAGCGUUUCCUGUCACAUUCGUGCAAUUCAUUAUGGACUGAAGGGCCGGAGAUCACGGACACUGAGCUGGAAGGUGUCCUCUCUAACCAUCAUCAUCAUCAUCAUCGGUAUUCCCUUUCUCCUGAAGCUUGUGUCCUCACUGAGCUUCCACUAAUCCCUGCUCUCACCUGGCUUGAGCAGUCACCUGGGCUUUGUGGCCUAGAUGUUGCAGAACGACAGUUUGUUGCAAUAAAUGCACUUUUGACUUAAUUUAUCGUGACCACAAUGCUGAGAAGGAUGUCACCAAGAUGAAGGUUUUACUCUGAGAUAAUUCACAUCCUUAUUCCUUUUAGACAUAAUAAAUAGCAUAAGGUUUUGAAGAAAAGUACACAUUAUCUGUGAAUAUAGUCUUAUUUGCCCACAUUCCACGUCUGGCAAGGAAAGGCAGAAGGAUACUCUGAGAAUCACUGACUUUUGAGGAAUCGGUUGGGAAAGAUAGCUUCGUCAAUGGUGCUAAGGCCAGGAAUAUGCUACGAGAGCCGUCUGCCCUAGGAGGGGGAGCUCCGAUGUCCCCAUUUUCACAGAGAUGGAGAAACAGACAGAGAUGAUUUGAAAGAGAUGGAGAAACAGACAGACAUAAGAGCGCUUUUGUUCUGGCUAAGGGACUGGGAACAGGAAGACUUAAUGAAAGAAAUGUUGACUCUGUACCUGCUGGGAGUUUUGAGCGCUCUGACAGUCUCCAGGGAAGAGGAAAGGAGCCAGUGAAGAGCAUCAAGAAGGUUUAUUUCUGUAUAGAUAUUUAUAAUUCUGAGCUGUCCUUCUGUGGUCUUGAUUUAGAUGCUCUUAUUGGUUUUAAUGAUCUUUUGCAGACCUUCCUUCAGUGUGUAGGCAGUUUGCCAUGAGAGGCCUGUGGAACGCUGUCAUUUCUCAACUGGCCCGUUCUUUCUUAAAGCUAUAGACCAAAAAAUGAAAAUUCGGUCAUUAACUCACCCUCAUGUUCUUUCAAACUGUGCAAAAGAACAUACACUGCAGAAUGUGCAGAGUGCUUUUUCAAAAUGGGGACUGUUAACGUUAGGCACGUUAAAAGUGGUCUGUAAGAUUCGUUUGCGAUAUUCAAAGUCUUCUGAAGCCCUACUGUAACUGUGUGAGGAACAGACCAAUAUUUAAAGGGAAAUUCUGUCAUAUUUACUC